AUGCCUUUGAUCGACAAUGGAAUUGAACCUCCCGCUAACAGUCAAGUGAAAUGCUGUUGUGGCAAGAUUUGCAAAGGAAUCAAAGGAUUGAAAUUACAUCAACGCAAUUGCAGGGUCAUUACCGGUUUUGACAAAGAAGAGUUGUUUGAAGAGGUCGCCGAUAAUUUGCCAGACACAAAUACGGGUCAGGAUACGUUACCUGAGGAAAUAAUUGAUUUAAAACCCGGUGUACGUCUCCCAAAAACAGAUGAGCAGUGGAAACUUGCGAAUCAGUUCUUCCAUUCAGUUUUAUCGAAUUUCACUCUCCGUCAGGAUUCGAUUGGUGAAGCCAUCAUCCACAUGAAUAAAGUCAUCUUUAAUUAUUGUAAAGACACAUAUGGGUUUCAAGAGAACAAUUCAAACACAGGACUCGUCGAAAAAUCAUCUGAAGAUGAUGAUGAUGAUGAUGAUGAUGAUGAUGAUGAUGAUGAUGAUGAUGAUGAUGAUGAUGAUGAUGAUGAUGAUGAUGAUGAUGAUGAUGAUGAUGAUGAUGAUGAUGAUGAUGAUGAUAAAGGAUUCGUACCAGUUGAACAGUUAAAAAGAAGAAUAAUUGAUGAAAAAUGA